UCAGUCAAGUUAGUGUGAAGCUGCGAAAAGUUGUCAACCCGAGAAAAGCGCAGAGAAACUCCUCCCGUCUUCAAAUUAUGAGCAAUCAGCAGCAGGGCGACAUGGCCGCUGUGGGGAGCGGUGGAGGCUUCAGUCAAAAGCGAAACACAAACUCUCAAGACUCACAGCAGCCAUCUCCCCUCGCCUUGUUGGCAGCCACGUGCAGUCGUAUUGACACCCCAGGAGAGAACGAUUCACCUUCAGAACAACAGCAAAACCAGCAGCAACAGCUGGAAAUAAACCAGGGUGUUUUCACCUCCAGUGCCAACGGCUGGCAGGUUGUACCUCUCAGCAUUCAAGCAUCCUCAGGCACGAACACUGUCACCACUGACACGUUGGGGGUGAUGACAGGAGUAGACCUAGGGAAGAACAGACAGGUGCUGUCAUCAUCAGCUGCUGUAACUCAGGGACAGCAUCAACAGCCACCACAAUAUGUAGUAGCCCAGGCUCCAUCAAUGCAGGGUCAGCAGGUGCUCACCACCAUAUCUGGUAUGAUGCCUAACAUUCAGUACCAGGUUAUUCCCCAAUUUCAGACAGUAGAUGGGCAGCCAGUGCAGUUUGCACAUGCUCAGCAGGAGUCCGCUGUAUCUGCAGCAGGACAAGGGCAACAAUUUCAGAUUGUGUCCUCUCCAAAUGGUCAGCAGAUUAUAGCAACAACCAACAGGCCUGGUGCAUCAGGAAACAUCAUAACAAUGCCCAGUCUACUUCAGGGAGCCAUCCCCAUUCAAAAUAUUAGCUUAGGCAAUAAUGUCUUACAAAACCAGCCCCAGUUUCUGGCAAAUAUGCCUUUAUCACUUAAUGGGAACAUCACAUUGUUGCCUGUUAGUACUGGAACAAACAGUACAGGGGGAGAUGCAAAUGGUGGAGGGGAUACUGGAAGCCAGCUUAUACAGCAACAACCAGUGUCUUCCAGCAGUGGGACAGGGUACAUGACAAGUGCAUCCACUGUCACUGCGCAGACCUCAUCUUAUGGAAUGGCUCAAACACAUAACAGCAAUGGAGCAGUGGCAGGGACAUACCAGCACGGCACAGUAUCUUCUCUGGGUGUCCCGAUACAAUCAGAUAACAGAGAUGGGCAGCAGCCACAACAGAUCCUUCUCCAGCCUCAGCAGCUUAUCCAAGGUGGAACGCCCCUUCAGACCAUCCAGGCUGGUACUGUCACAGCAGCAGGAGGUCAGGUAUUUGCAGCUCCAACACUCAGCCAGGAAGGGCUUCAGAACCUUCAAAUUAUGCCAAAUACAGGCCCCAUCAUCUUGCGCACUGUAGGCCCUAACGGCCAGGUGACCUGGCAGACCCUUCAGAUCCAGAGUCCGACAGGAGCACAGAUCACGCUGGCCCCAGUACAGUCUCUCCCCCAACUUGGUCAGACUCAAGGAGCUGCUGCAUCUGGAGGAAUGUCUGUCAACACUAUGCAGAUCCCAGGUAUCCAGACCAUAAAUUUGAACACACUCGGAGGGUCCGGGCUGCAGCUGCAGGGUGUUCCCAUCACCAUUUCCAGCACAGCAGGAGACCAGACUUUACAGACAGGUGGAGAAAGUUUGGAUGAUAGCACAGCUAUGGAUGACGAGGACAUUAGCCCGCCAACUCAAGGCCGACGCAACCGGAGGGAAGCCUGCACCUGCCCCUUCUGCAAGGAUGGAGAAGGACGCAGUGACCCAUCUAAAAAGAAGCAGCACAUCUGCCACAUCACUGGCUGUGGGAAGAUCUAUGGCAAGACAUCCCACCUGAGGGCCCACCUCCGCUGGCACACAGGGGAACGACCUUUUGUCUGCAGCUGGUCGUUCUGUGGCAAACGAUUCACACGUUCGGAUGAGCUUCAGCGUCAUAAGAGGACACACACAGGCGAGAAAAAGUUUAUUUGCCCAGAGUGUCCUAAGCGCUUUAUGCGCAGUGAUCACCUCUCAAAGCACAUCAAGACCCAUUUGAACAAAAAAGUAGCCCCCAACAGCGGCACCGCAGUCUCCGCUGGCGCCGUUUCUCCUGCAGCAGGAACGGAAGCUGGCGGUGGGGCAGUGUCGGCCAAUGACCAGCACACCAUUGUCACCAUGGAGACCUUAUCUGCUGACAGCAUAGCUCGACUUGCCAACAGUGGGAUCAACAUGAUGCAGGUAGACCUUCACCAGAUCAAUGGCAACAGCUACUAAGUCCAGUGAAGGAGCAGGACGAUGGCCUUGAUGGAUGCUGCACUGGGACAUUUGGGGUUGAAAAAAGAGCACAUCUGACGUCAGAUGCAGAUCCUCUCAUGGGCUUCAGACAGGACAGGUGGUCACAGGUGCAACACAACCCAUGCUAUUGGAUAUAAAACUAAGGCAGGAAUAUGAUUUCCACCUUUUAUUUAAGGAAAUGUCGCAUUUAAAGGUCAGAGGUUGAUCGAGGUGAAUUAAAAUGUUAGAUUAGAAAAGUCAUGAGAUAUAUCCCAUGAAUGGAACUGGCACUACACUAACAUUUGUCCCACAUAAAGCCCAAUCUAAUUGAUGGUGGGAUUGCAAUAAAGCACACAGACCAGCACACUUAGUGUUUUAUUGUUAAGUAGUACUAUUCUUCACACAAGCUCCUCCAGUAGUUAACAGAUGACACUACUAAGUUGGACUUUUACGCUUGUGUCCAGGGCUGUGAGCUUCUCUACUUCUUCCUUUUUCAGCUCAGGUGUUUAUCAAACAUUACUCCAGGCCCACUUCACCCCUUAACACUUAUUCUCUCCAUCAGAGGCACGCCAUAAUGAUCUAGUGUGGCAAAUAUUUGCUUCUCAGAGUUCUAUGAUUUGGGAGAGCAAUCCCAGUAUCAUAGGAAUAAUACUUACAUGUUUUAUGGUGGACAGCAAUUUAUAAGCCAGAAGCAAUAAUGAGUGUGAGGAUGUCAGUGUGCUGGGGUGCUGAAAUCCUGAGUAACUCUUAAACCUCUUGUGUAGGUACACACAUUUAAGCCAUCAAGUUUUGAUAUGUUUAUCAUUGCAAAUGCAUUUUUGAUUGUUAUUUUUUUCCAUGUAAAAAUAUAAAUAUAAUUCUUUUGGUAAUGUAAAGGCUGCAGAUACUCUUAGCAUACACAGUUGCCUUUCAGUUGUAUGACUCUCAUGCACAAUCACUCUUAAUCUUUUGUUAUUACUUUUAUAUAUAUAUAUAUGUAUGUAUGUAUGUAGAUGAAAUAUGUUAACAUAAAAGCCUUUCAGUCAUAGAAUGCUUAUUCUAUACAGUCAAGAUCUUCCCAGUAUUUCUUUUUCUAUGCUGUACUUACCACCUGGAACUGUUUGAGUGUGUGAAAAACUAUUUCUUGUUUAUUCUCAUCUGGUCAUAGUUAAGUAUUUUGUAUUAGCGUCCAGACAGCUUAUACAUGUAAGCUCCAAACCAAAGGUUCAUAAUCGUUUUGGGGAAAACUAAGAAAUGCUUUUUUUUUUGGUCCACAAAUGUUCUAAUUUUUACUCACAAUAUGCAUGUUAAAGUUCUAACUGGAAAGAUCCAGCUCGAGGCAAACCUCGAACACAUCCCUUUAUUGUUGAAAUAAAUAAGUUGCAAAAUGUAUAAUGAUGACCCAGUGGUAGCUUUUGUUUCUUUGCUUUGACACUGCUUAAUUUCACAUAAAGCUAUAACUUGUAUAAACUAUGUUUAGAAACUCUUCAUUGAAACUACAUCCAGACAAGUGCUCUUACUUUUGCCCCAUUUUAAAUAAGGGAUUUUAUAUUGUGUGUGUGUGUCUACAACUACUGCAACUGCCAACAGCUGGAUUAAAAUUCUGAACAUG